ACGUAUAAUCGUACAGUAGAUCCGAACGCGAGAUGAUCACGAGAAAUCUGCUCCGAGGCGUUCCGCGUCUUCGAUGCGUUCUAUUACAGAUAAAACAAUACAGCACCAGAUCAAGCGAGCCGCAAUUCUUGGGAAUCAAUAAUAAAUUUACCAAUAGUAUUCAGUUUGUCAACAGAGAAAAUUAUGAAUCUAUUCCGAUAUAUAGGAUUUUGGAGUCUUCGCAGAAGGUUGAGUUACCUGAAGACGAAAAGCUAAACGAAGUGUAUCUGCAGAAAAUGUAUCGCGAUAUGACGACCUUAAGCGUGAUGGAUAAGAUAAUGUACGAAUCGCAGAGGCAAGGCCGGAUCUCGUUUUACAUGACGAACACCGGCGAAGAAGCCGUGCAGGUCGGCUCCGCGGCCGCUUUAACUCUAGAAGACUUGAUUUACGCGCAGUAUCGCGAGGCUGGUGUGUUGCUGCAUCGUGGAUACCCAUUGGAGAAGUUCAUGAAUCAGUGUUACGGCAACUGCGAGGAUGACGGCAAAGGGAGGCAGAUGCCGGUGCACUAUGGCUCCAAGGAGUUGAAUUUCACAACUAUAUCGUCUCCGUUAACAACUCAACUUCCACAAGCUGUGGGGGCUGCCUAUGCCUUUAAACUGGACAAAAAGAACGCGUGUGUGAUUUGUUACUUCGGCGAAGGUGCGGCGAGCGAGGGCGAUGCCCAUGCGGCGUUCAAUUUCGCAGCUACUCUAUCGUGCCCCGUUAUUUUCCUCUGUCGAAAUAACGCAUAUGCCAUCUCCACGCCGGUCUCGGAGCAGCUUAAGGGAGAUGGUAUCGCGGCCAAGGGCCCGGCUUAUGGGAUUAACACGAUCCGAGUGGACGGCAACGACGUGCUCGCGAUGUACAAUGCCACAAAAAGUGCUAAAGAGUUUUGCAUAAAGGAACAGAAACCCGUUUUGAUAGAAGCCAUGACCUACAGAAUCGGGCAUCACAGCACGUCGGACGACUCCACGGCUUAUCGAUCGAUCGACGAGAUCACUCAGUGGAACGCCCAUUCGCCGCUCACUAGGUUCCGUCUGUAUCUAGAGUCGCUUGGAUUGUGGUGCCAAAAGAGGGAGCAAGAAUUUGUAGAUUCCACUAAGAAGGAAAUUCUUCGUGUCUUUGCGGAGGCAGAGCGCAAGUCUAAGCCACAUUGGAAGAAUCUAUUUACGGACGUCUACAAGGAGGUCCCUGAUCACAUUAGGAAGCAAAUGAAUCUAAUGGAAAAGCAUCUCGAAGAGUUCAAAGAACAUUACCCAUUAAAAUCUUUUACACACGCAAAGUAAGAGAGAGAGAGAGAGAGAGAGGAAUUUACCUGACGUAUAAAUGAAUUUUAUACUCUUUUAUUUUAAUAAUAUAAAGUGCUAAACAAUUAACAAAAUACAUACACGGUGCACAAGAGUA